AUGACGCACACCCUGCCUUUGCAGAAGGUGCCGCUUCGCUCAGACUCCACGCGUGCGUCGCUCUCCAUCUCGCGGCCGAACACUCCUGGAGAGAUCAGGCGAGUGUCGCGACCAGGGUCGUCAUCGGUGAGAGGAUCUGGAUCAGCCAGAGGAGGAGCCUCCGGGGCCUCCUUGUCCUUUCUUCCCCCCGAGCCGCCGCGCAGCAUUUCGCCCAACUGGCAGGCUGAGGCCGUUUUUCCCGGCCAAGUGCCGUCGGCGUCUUCGCCCCGGCCGUCGGCUUCGCCGCCGCCGCCUCCGCCACCGCCGGCGGAGGAGAGGGAGGACCAAACGCUAGAUCAUUUCCCCAGCCGGGGGGAGGCUGGGCUACACGUCACCAUAGGACGCCGGGAGUUUGGCGACGGCAACGACCUCUCGGACGAGGAGCCGCCAGCCCCCGCCUGGAACGCUGCCUCCUGCACUCGCGGCCUCAAGGGCGUCACCAGCCUCAGCAUGUCGGACAGUAUGCUGUCCGCGGCGCUGGAGCAAAGUCAGCUGCUGGGCACUAUGAGCUCGCCCUCUGCAGUGCGGGGCUCUAUGACAUGGGUGCGGGGAGAGAAUCUGGGUCGGGGCUCCCUGGGCAACGUCUUCCAAGCCUUGGACCAGGGGAGCGGCCAGCUCUUCGCGGUCAAGGAGGUCCUGAUUAACACCUCUGACGCUGCGGAUGUGCAGUUCAAGGACGCCUUGGAGAACGAGAUCGAGAUCUGCUCCAGGCUGAAGCAUCCCAGCAUCGUGACGUACCUGGGGCAUGACUACAUUGACAAAUGUCUCUUCAUCUACAUGGAGUACAUGAUCGGCGGCUCCAUGGCCAGUGUGCUGCAGCAGUUCGGAGCCUUCGAGGAGAGCUUGACCGCGAGAUAUACCAGAGACUUGCUGGAGGGCUUGGCGUACUUGCAUACUCAAGAUCCCCCGGUGCUCCACCGAGAUAUCAAGAGCGCCAACAUCCUGAUGGGCCAUAGUGCGAACAGCGCAGAGCUCUGUGCAAAGCUCGCGGACUUCGGCUGUUCCAAGAGGACAGAGAAUUCGCUGUCGCACACGCUGAAGGGCUCGAUCCCUUGGAUGGCGCCAGAGGUGGUGAAGAACGUGGGCUACGGCCGCAUGGCGGACAUGUGGAGUUUCGGGUGUGUGGUGCUGGAGAUGGGUACUGCGCAGAGCCCUUGGGGGAAAUUCGACAAUCCCAUGGCGGCCAUGUACAAGAUCGGCAUGUCCGAGGAGACGCCGCCCAUCCCCGAGGACUUUUCAGAUCUUAGCCGCAGCUUCGUGAAGCGAUGCCUGCAGCGGGAUCCCGCGGAGAGGGCUACGGCCACGGAGCUCUUGCAACAUCCCUUCGUGCAAAACCUUGAGUUGAGCGAUGACUGA